AUGGGUUCAAACGGAAGCAAGAAGAUAGGCGUCGAGGUGACGGACUCCACCCAGGAAGGUGAUGUUUCUUCCCCGCGUGCUCUAGAUGACAUCGAGGCGAGUACCGACGAAAAAGCCCUCGACCCCGCCAUUGGUACUGUUGAGGAUGUGUAUACCAUUGACAGCGAUAACUCACCGUUCCCCGAGGUUCGCGCCAAUGUACCCAACACGGACGAUCACUCGACGCCCGUCAACACGUUGCGCAUGUGGCUUGUCGGUAUCGUCUUCACGAUGGUUGGCACGGGUAUCAACCAAUUCUUCAGUAUGCGGUAUCCCUCCGUGACCAUUUCCUCGCUCGUGGCCCAAUUGCUCGCCUUCCCUGUCGGUACCACCCUGGCACGCAUCCUACCUGUGAAGACAGUUCGUCUUUUCGGCCGUUGGGAUGUGACCAUCAACCCUGACCAUUACUUCAACAUCAAGGAGCAUUGUGUCGUUACCAUCAUGUCGAACCUGGCAUUUGGACCAUCGUGGGCUACAGAUAUCAUCCAAGCCCAAGUGGCGCCUACAUUCUUUGAUAGGAAAAGUCCAACCUCAUACCAGUUUCUCCUCGGUCUCACAAUGCAGCUAUUCGGCUUAGGCAUGGCGGGCCUCUCCUAUCGCUUCAUUGUUGAACCUCCUCAAAUGAUUUGGCCGUCAACUCUGGCUAAUGCGGCGCUGUUUCAAACGCUGCACUCGAGAUUGAAUCCCCCAGCUAAUGGGUGGAAGAUUUCAAGAUAUCGAUUCUUUACCAUUGUCUUUUGUAUCGGCUUUUGCUGGUAUUGGCUCCCCGGUUUCCUUUUCACGGGCCUUAGUACGUUUGCCUUCAUCUGCUGGGCUGCGCCAAAUAAUACAGUAGUCAAUAACCUUUUUGGGAUGUCGACUGGGCUUGCUUACCUGCCUCUCACGUUCGACUGGUCUCAAGUUGCCUACAACGGCUCACCUCUAGUCGUUCCCUUCUGGGCACAGGCCAACGUCUUCGCCGGCUGGGUAAUCAUAUUCGCCUUGACAUCUCCCAUUCUCUAUUACACUAAUACCUGGUACACGGCGUAUCUUCCCUUUUCCGGAAGUUCAACAUACGACAACACCGGUCAGACAUACAACGCAACCCGCAUUGUCGACCAGCAUGGCAACUUCCUCGAGGCGGCGUAUCAGGCCUAUAGCCCCAUCUUCAUGCCGGUUACAUUUGCUCUCUCGUACGGUUGUUCCUUUGCUGUCAUGACUUGCGUGCCCAUCUUCAUAUUUCUCAAUUACUGGCGCGAUAUUUUCGGCGCCCUAAAGCCUGACCGGAAAAAGGACAUCCACGUCCGCCUGAUCGAGUGCUACAGAGACGUGCCAUCAUGGUGGUAUGCCGUUCUGACUGUCAUCGUCCUUGCUCUUACCAUCAUGGUGCAGGAGGUGUAUCACACCGAAAUGCCCGUCUGGGGCAUCUUUCUAGCCUUUGGAAUGGCUCUUUUGUAUCUCAUCCCAACGGGAUCCGUAUACGCAGUAGCCAACCUGAACAGCAACGUCUUGACAGUGCUUGGAGAGAUCGUUUCUGGAUACCUCAUUCCAGGCAAGCCCAUCGUAUUGCUCAUCUUCAAGUUCUACGCAUACACAGGAUUGAGCCAGGCAAUGCUCUUCGCGAGCGACAUGAAGCUGGGUCUAUAUCUCAAGAUCCCACGCCGCACACUCUUCACCGCGCAGUUGAUCGCAUGCAUUCUCGGCUCACUGACGCAGAAUGGCGUCCUGCUCUGGAUGCUGCAUCACGUGGAGGACAUCUGUAGUCCCGACCAGUCGAACGGGUACACAUGCCCUCAGGGCCAAGUCAACUUUUCGUCAAGUGUUGUCUGGGGCGCUAUCGGACCAUCACGACUUUACAGUAUAGGCAAGAUAUACUCUGGGCUGCUACACCUGUUCUGGAUCGGAGCCCUGCUGCCAGUUGUGACCUUCUUUGCCCAGAGAAGGUGGCCAGAAAACAACUUCUUGAGAAAUGUACACUGGCCGAUUUUCUUUGCAGGAACUGGUAACGUGCCACCCGCGACAGGCAUAAACUACACGUCGGCGUUAGCGGUAUCGCUCAUCUUCAAUAAAUGGAUCAAGGGCAAGUACUCGCAGUGGUGGGCAAAAUAUAAUUAUGUCUUAUCCGCCGCAUUGGACUCUGGGCUAGCCAUCUCUGCCGUAAUCAUCUUCUUUGCCAUCGUCUUUCCCGGUAUAUCGGUGAGUUGGUGGGGAAACAAUGUCCAAAGCACCACGAUUGACGGCAAAGAUGAUGACGCUACAUAA